CCGAAUCCGUAUCCGUAGAUCUGGAUCCGUAGAUCUGUAUCCGUAUUCGUAUUGGUAUUGGGUUCGGUAUUAUUGAGAGCUUGGUCGUUGUUGGACGCUUUGUUGUGAAGCUCAGUACCAGGCUGCAGUCACACGGUGCUCGAGUGGCGCUCACUUACCAGACUGCUAAUGACAGGCUUUGCGGUGGAGCACUGUUUGGCUUGAGCCGCAAGACCUCGAGCAUGGCUGGCCGAUCUGGCUUGUUGACUUUCAACUAUAGCAGUGAAAGCGAGGACGAUGGCAAUGACCUCGACCAGAACACCACCGCCCCCCUUACGUCGCAAGGGCCUGCUCAAGCCAGCACAGAGUCUGUGGCAAUUGCUGCCAAAACCACGGCCGCGCCAGCACAGGAUUCGGUUGCCUCAAAUCAGUCCGAGGUGGAGGCGGACCAUGAUACAAAGUCUGAGACUUUGAUGGAUGCCGAGCCAGAAGUGCAAGACGUUGCUCCGUCCCCCGAACCCCAAGAGGCGGCCACAGACGAGCCCCAAUCAGUGACAUUAGACCCCAACAUGUCAACUGAAGAUAUCAUUGCAGCCUACCCUCUGGAUGACCUGAGCAGCCUGUGGGUGCCUCCGUCACCCCCGCGACCGGAGCCCAGCCCACCACCACCAGAGAGUGCAGAUAAUACUUCAGGCCGAGCUGCAGCAGGGCUCAAGGCUGACCGUGUGGCAGAGCUGAAGCGCAAAGCACUGGCUCGGAAACAAUGCCGCAAACGCUUUGACGAUCUGGUGCUGCGUGCCAAUGUCCUUGGCACCAGUGAUGCUGAUGUCCCUGAGCAUGUGCGACGGAGCGUGGCCAUGGCCACACGACUCGAGGACUUUGUAGCGGGCGAGCUGUCGCUCGAGUACAUUCAACGCCAUCUGCUCGAGUAUGACGCCUACCUGACCGCAGUCGAACGUGAGCUUGCCCCAGGCGAUUGGACCAUGACCUGGUCUGCUGAGAUGGGUCGUCACUGUUUCGUCUCGGAUACCACCGGGCGGAUUCGCUGGUCGCGCCCCUCGUCACCUGAUAAAAUUGAUGCCUGAGUGCUUUGUGUACGCUCCCAUUACAGACGCGUUUGCUGCCUGCCUGCGGCAGGUGUUGCCGUUUCAGUGUUGUCUUGAGUUACUGCAACCUGGGCCAUAACCUCGAGACUCGGUCACAACUUGCUUGAGUGAGAAUCUCGAAAGCCAUUGCUCAUCAUACGUUGAACGUCAGUAACGGCUCAAUUUUUCUGAGCGUGUCACCGUUCGAGUGUGUGAUUUCAUGGCUGCUCAGCACCCAAAUGUUUUGUACAUGACGACAAGCACAAUCUACAUGUUAUCUCCAAUAUUAAGCCACCCAGUUGGCUAUGGUGCCGCUCCUUGGUCCAGUGCAAUCGAAGUUUUUUUGG